AAUUCUUUCAAGCCUAAAAUUUUUUAGGUUAUCAUGAACUAUCAUCUAAAUGAUAUUUUUUAUGAUAUGUUCUUCAAUUUUCGGUUUAUCCCAGAGAUUGUCUGUUGAUUGUGAAGGAGUUCUAAGAGUACCGUGAUGGUGUUACAAUUUUUGUAUUGCUUUUUGCAGCAUAAACAUGAGAACAAAAACGUGUGUUGAUGCUGGGUGCUUGUCAUCCAGCAAGCAAGGCAUAAGAUUCUUCAGUUUUCCAAGGGAUCCAGCACGUGCUGCGGUAUGGGCAGGAAAAAUUGGAAUAUCCUUCACUGUUGAUUCUGCUAAAAUGCUGGACAAUAAUUAUUUGUGCAGCAAACAUUUCCUGGAAAGUGAUUUCACUACAGCUGAAAGGGUAGUGGCAUAUCAAUCAUUGCAGCAAGUCACAACACUGUAUUGGCUACAGUGGGGUGCUGUGGUGAAUACCUGGCAACAGCUGUUUGGUGAUCACCUUGUGAACACAUUUGAAGCUAUUCGUUUGUAGUCUGGUUUGAACAAUAAUCCAACUGUGGGACAGUUUGUAGAUGCCCUGAAGACUAACAUCAUCAGUGCACUUGCUAUCAGAGGUCUGUGUGGAACUAGUUGUGAGGAUGAUGGUGCUACUGUUGUGUGUAACCUAUAGUCAUUGUUCAGGGCACCUGAUGCUUCUUCACCAAAUCCGUCCACAAGUCGUGGCAAGGAAACCCCUGAUGAAUUUCCUGAGUUUCCAUGUUACUCAACAAGUACAGAAGGACAUGGUUGCUGCAGUACAUGCUGGUGACAUGGAAGUGUUCUCAGUAGCCUAUGUCAGUGGUUCCAUUGCCAGACAGGUGCUUCAUGGUGUCAGCUGUGAUGCACACAAGACAUGCGUGACAUCUGAAGUGCUGCUAUCAGCCAAUAUCUUCAUAUAUUUCUGAGACGUUGGUGUGGAGACUGUUGGUAUGCUGUAACUCUAAUAUAAUCUGUGAUGGUAGGCAAUUCAAUUCAUGUUGCAGCAUAUCACAGCUGCCAUUAAGAGCACCAUUGACUUGGAGUGGUUCAGGUGUACUGGUUGUUCACUUCACUACCAAGGAAUAGUAGAUGGUAUUGUGAGAUGUCUCACAAGAAUUUACAUUCCUUAUUGGUGUAAGCGAACAAACA